CUGGGCCGUUCUGUAUGCCGGUAAAGGGUGAGUGAGGUGGGCUAGUGUGUGCGGACCGGGCCGGGUGGACUACCAGCUGGGUGUAUGUCGAGAACAGUCCCCCAGUCUCUCUCUACACUCAAUAACUGGAUGGAGGUUACAAUCUGAGGAUCUGUUUUGGUGGAAUAAAAACAGAAACAAAGAGGAACCGGGGGAUUACCAACCUACUAAAGAAAACAGGAUGUAACAAACCGCAGAGCAGAAUGUCAAAGUGGAACAAAAGAGACUUCUUCUUGGUUGUUAUUCUCCUCCGUGAUCCGAGUCUCAGCGGACUGACUGAACUAACCAGCAGCUAACCUGGCUAACGUUAGCUGAGUUAACGCUACAGCUACAUUACAGCUUCCAGCAUCCUUUGCUUGCCUAUAUUUGGUGAGUGGAUCUCAUCAUUGACAUUAUUAGCUCAGCCAUGGCAGCAGUGGUGAGCUACUCUCCACCAUGGUGGGUGAACCUUCUGCACAGACUUCCCCAUUUCAACCUCAUGUUCGAGCAAACGAGCAGUGAUUUCCAACCUGAGGACUGGACAUAUCAACAGUCUAUCCUGUUACUGGGAGGUGUGGCGCUCGCCUGUCUGGCCCUGGACCUCCUGUUCCUGCUCUUCUAUUCCAUUUGUCUGUGCUGCCGGCGGAGCAAAAGUGAGGAUCAGCCCAACGCUGACUGCUGCUGCACGGCCUGGUGUGUCAUCAUCGCAACACUCGUCUGCAGCGCUGGCAUUGCUGUCGGUUUCUAUGGGAACGGCGAGACUUGUGAUGGAGUGAACCGGCUGACGUAUUCCCUGCGCCACGCUAACCGCACAAUCACUGGGGUGGAGAAGCUGGUAUAUGAGAGUACAUCCUCAUUGAACCAGACGGUAGAGAACAAUCUGCAACAGCUUGAGGGCCAGUAUGCGAAGCACGCGGACUACCUGUCCAUCAUCCAAAAGCUGCAGGGCCAGCUGGACGAGCUGGUCAGACAGAUGGUGGAGAUCCCCUUCUGGGACAACAGCGACAUCUCCCUGGAGGAGCUGGCCGUCACGAUUGAGCUGUAUGACUGGUACAGGUGGCUGGGCUACAUAGGCCUGCUACUGUUCGACGUCCUCAUCUGCCUUCUGGUGCUGUUUGGCCUCAUUCGCAACUCCAAGGGAACGCUUAUCGGGGUGUGCUUGUUUGGCGUAGUGGCUCUGGUAAUCAGCUGGCUCACCCUGGGGCUGGAGUUGGCCGUCUCUGUGACCUCCAGUGACUUCUGUGUUGCUCCUGACAUGUAUGUCACCAAAGUGGCAGACCAGUAUGGAGUCAUCAAACGAGACAUCCUGCAGCACUACCUUAGUUGCAGCUUGGAACGAACGAACCCCUUCCAGCAGAAGCUCUCCGGGAGCCACAAAGCGUUAGUGGAGAUGCAGGAUGACGUGUCUGAACUGCUGCGAUCUGCCACCAGAGAGUACAAACAAACUCAGGGAAAUUUAGAAGAGAUCCAGGGGAUACUGAACACCACAGAGAUCAGUCUACAUCAGCUCACUGCCCUGGUGGACUGUCGCAGCCUGCACAUGGACUUCGUCCAGGCCAUGACGGGACUGUGUUAUGACGGACUGGAAGGCCUCAUCUACCUCGUGCUCUUCUCCUUCAUCACUGCUCUCAUGUUCAGCUCGAUUGUUUGCAGUGUGCCUCACACCUGGCAGAGCAAGAGGACCGAGGAGGACAGUGAGGAUGAGUCUCUGAGCCACGGGGGAAGGCAGAACCAUGAUAACCUGUACCGGGUCCACAUGCCCAGCCUGUACAGCUGUGGCAGCAGCUACGGCAGCGAGACCUCCAUCCCUGCUGCAGCUCACACAGUCAGCAACGCACCUGUCACCGAGUACAUGGCUCAGAACGCCAACUUUCAGAACUCUCGCUGUGAAAAUACGCCUCUGAUAGGACGAGAGUCUCCUCCGCCCACGUACACCUCCAGCAUGCGGGCAAAGUACCUGGCCAACAGCCGACCAGAUCCCAACGGCCGACCAGAUCCCAACGGCCAACCAGAUCCCAACAGCCGACCAGAUCCCAACAGCCGACCUGAUCCCAACAGCCGACCUGAUCCCAACAGCCGACCAGAUCCCAGCCGCCGACAAGAUCCCAACAGCCGACCAGAUCCCAACAGCCCUCCUGCUGCUGCUACUGCAGCCCACUAGACCACACUGGACUCAUCCUGUCUGACGUGUCUGAAGCCUCUCAUCCAUCCAGUCAGUCAGUCAGUCAGUCAGUCAGUCAGUCAGUCGGUUAUUAUUUCUCACCUUUCAGUCACUCCUCCUUCUGCUUUCCGCCACAGUCUCACUUGACAUAAAAUGGACAAACCAAGAGAUCAUAAUGCAAAUGCUUUUUUCCUCGGCUUGUGUUUAUUAUUGCAAGAAUCAUCAUCGGUGCUGGGAAUUCAUCUGCAACUCUGACGUGGUGGAGCCUGGAUUGACUUUUACACUCCCAACUUAUUGUUUCUUUACACAUGAAUGCACCAUGACAUGUCACACCUCUUCCUAACAUACGGCAACCGAGCACAGUGCAGGUUAGGACGUCUCCAUUGGGGAAAAACUGAUACAAUCUCGCUUGUUCACUUGCGUCCAGUUAGAGGUGUAACAAGGCAUUGCAGUGUUGAGGACUCUGGACGUGCUCAUAGACGAACACUGAUUACUACUGGUUGAUGUUGUUGUUGUUUUGUAAAGUACUGUACUGCCCUCUCUCACUGCUGUGGGAGAGUAAAGAGAAAACGCCUUACACAUAAACAUGGGAGGAAUCAGCUGUUUUCUUCCCCCCUGAACUGUAGACAUUAGUUCUCACAUGACACACUCAACGUAGAAUAGAUUAACUUCACGGUGCAACAUCUCAUCUUACUGCUUGUGGAAUUUAAAAUGCAAGCUAUGUUUGAAUCAUCGAGUAAGAUUUGCGUUAUUCUCCUGUUAGAGUCGCCAUACUGUAUAUUACACAUGCACAUUGGCUUGUUUUUGCAUUUUUUUGUGUUAAAUCCGACGUCUGGGACCAGUUUUCCUGCAGUAUUGCACGUCUUAUAGGUCUGAAAUUUACAUUUUUAUCUUCUUGGGACUAUUAUUUCCUGUGGCAUUUUUUAAAAAUACAUUGAUGAGCCACUAUUCUACAGAAAGUGACUGUAACUUGUGAAGCUGUGAACUUGAUUCUGGCACAUGCUCGCAGAGGACAAAGAUGAGCUGCGUGAUGGAAAUGCAGCUGUUUGACAAGAAGAGUCUCAGCGGGAUGAAACCGUAAUGAGAAGUUUUUAUACUACUGGAAGCAGAAACUUUUUUUUUUUUUACAGCCCUUUUGAAGACGAUGGUGAAGCAGAGGAGGACAGAGUUGUGCGUGAUGUCGUCUCCAGACUUUUAAGGAUGAGUUGCCUCUUCACCAGACCUGCUUGCUAUUCUCUCCACGUUCCUGUUAAGAUGUAAAGCCUCAUCUCCCUCAACAGAACCCGACUCUGUCCGGCUACGAUCUCCUCCACCAAAUGCAGCAGCAGCGUAGAGUCAGAAACUCCUCUCACAAGAAUCUUAAUGCAAGUUUAUGUGACAAUAUGCAUAUUGUAGUUUCUACGUGAAUUUCAGAGAGAGAAACUUUUAUGCAUUUGCAAUGCAGUGUCUCACAAAUGUGUUUUAGCAUUUAUAACAAAAAGGUAGAUAAGAGUGAGUGGAUGCUGUGAAGGGGUUGGGAUGCUCUCUCUAUAAUCUGGAAACCUGCUAACUUCCUGUUGAAACGUGACGAUCCUUCUAAUGUGGAGUUUGUACUUCUGCUGCUUCUUGCUUCUCUUAGAUGUGCUUUGUGACCAGUACAAGAGGUGAUUUUUUUUUUUUUUUUUUUUUUUUUAGACGGUGCCAACAAGUGAAGCACAACUCUUUUACUAUCUGAAUAUCUUUUUAAAUGUCUUAACUUGAGGCCACUUUGUAAAAGUUGACAGCUCCUGGUUGCCUGAUGUGCUAUCAAAUGAGAAAAUGACUGUUUUCAAAUCAUUUACGCUCUGUUUAUUAUCUCACUGAUGCAAUCUUUGUUUUUGGGUAGUAGUCAUAUUCUCUUUGUUGUUUGUAAUGCGAGGCGCUUGUACAGAUUAUAAACAUUUACAAAAUGAAGAAAAAAAAAAAGUGGCUGACAAUGACAUUUCAUUUUUAAUUUCUUAAACUUAUUCCACAUUUUUAAACAUUUCUUUUCUAUUUGAUUUACUUUUAGUUUUUUUUUUUUAUUUCAUUUUAGAAUCAAUCACAAUGUGUUGCUUCAUUAAUGUGAAUAUGGUAAAUAGAUUUUUGAGUUUUUUCUGGAAAAAAAAUCACUGUAGAUGUAAUUUUGUUUUUUAUUUUCUACAUAAUUUUUGCAGUCUAAAUUGUGUACAUGUAAAACCUGUGGUUAUAUUGAGCUUGAAUGCUGUGUUUUAAAAUUAAACAAACCUUAACUGUAGUGCA